CCGAACUUGGCAGAAUCCCAUGACAUCCAAACUGGACCCCACCAAACGCCCACCACCAACUAAAAGGAAAAGAAAGAAAUUCCCUCUCCUCGCCUCUCCUUUACUUUCCUCGAGUGAAUUCCAUUGAGUUCCAAGCUAAACCAAAAAUCCAUGCCAGAAAAUCAUUUCCAUUUCUAGCAACUGUAAAGUCUCUUCCAUGUUCAAAUACUCAGACUUCAAGUUCAAGUACAGUAACUGAGAAUCGAGGGUUUGGAAUGGAUAGUUGGUGUGGAGGAGAGGCAACAAUUAAGAGCCGGGCUAAACAAACUGAAGAGAGUUAUCAGUUACAGCUUGCUCUUGCUUUGAGGUUAUCUUCACAGGCUGCUUCAGCUAAUGAUCCCAAUUUCUUGGAUUUCAGUUCCAGUGACAACACUAAAAGAGGACUUCCUCCUUAUUCUCCCGAGUCUCUUUCUCAUCGAUUCUGGGUGAAUGGAAGUUUGUCAUACUUUGAUAGAAUUCCAGAUGGGUUUUAUGUGAUACAUGGAUUGGAUCCUUAUACAUGGAGCAUAAGUGCUGAUAGUCGUGUCCCAUCUUUUGAAUCAUUAAAGGCUGUUAAUGAUUUGUCAAUAGGAGUGGUUUUGAUUGAUAGAUUCAGGGAUCCUGGUUUGAAGGAGGUACAUAAUAGAGUUAUUGGUCUUUCAAGCAGCUUGAGUACAACCGAAGAUGUGGUUAAACACCUUGCGAUUGUUGUUUGUAAUCUUAUGGGGGGUUUAGUCCCCAAUGAAGAUGAUAAUGCCUUUGCCGAAUGCUGGAAGGAAUGUACUGAAGCUAUGAAAAGGCGCUUCCGUUCUGUUGUGCUUCCAAUUGGAAGCUUAUCCAUUGGCCUCUGUGUUCAUCGUGCGUUGCUGUUUAAAGUAUUAGCAGACUCGAUUAACUUGCCUUGCAGAAUUGUUAAAGGAUGCAAAUACUGCAGAAGAGAUGUCGUUUCAUCCUGUCUGGUACAAGUUGGUAAUGACAGGGAAUACUUUGUUGAUUUGCUUAGAAAUCCAGGAGCCCUAAGCCAGCCUGAUUCCUCGUUCAAUUCUUCAUCUUCAAUCUUAGUUUCUUCUCCAUUGUCUCAUCCAAGGUUUAAAUCUAAUCAAACAACUGAGGACUUCAGGACAUUGGCCAAACUCUACUUCCUUGACAGCCAGCCACUUAAUCUUGUAUUUGAUAAUUCUUCUUCAGGUACUGCUAUUGAUGAAGAUGACAAAUUUAUUUCAAGGCUCAGUAAAGACAAGAAGAACCUUCUACCCACUUCAAGCAACAACCGUGACACUUCUCUGUCAAGUUCUGUCCUACCAGUUAGGCAAAAAUAUACAGAUCCUGUCAUCUCUAAUCCCAAGCGUGUUGCUACAAAUAAUUUGUUGUUCAUGGAAUUAAACCAGUCAAUACCAAGUAAAUCAAACAAUCAACUUCAUCUUGAAGAGGAAGAUUUGGUUGUGCCCUGGAGUGAACUUCUUUUGAAGAAUAAAAUUGGAUCAGGCUCUUUUGGAACGGUCUAUCAUGCUGACUGGCGUGGUUCGGAUGUUGCUGUCAAAAUUCUUGAGGAGCAAGAAUUUCAUGCAGAGCGCUUUGAGGAAUUUUUGAGUGAGGUUGCUAUUAUGAAACGUUUGCGACAUCCAAAUAUCGUUCUUUUUAUGGGUGCUGUUACCCAGCCCCCAAACUUGUCCAUAGUUAUGGAGUAUUUAUCAAGAGGCAGCUUGCACAAACUUUUACAUAUGAAUGAUGCUGCAUUGAUACUGGAUGAGAGACGCUGCUUAAAUAUGGCGUAUGAUGUGGCUAAGGGAAUGAACUAUCUUCAUCAGUUUAGACCUCCCAUUGUUCAUCGAGAUUUGAAAUCUUUAAAUCUCUUAGUGGACAGUACAUAUACAGUAAAGAUUUGUGAUUUUGGUCUCUCACGAUCAAAAGCAAAGACAUAUAUUUCAUCAACAAAUGCUGCAGGGAGACCUGAGUGGAUGGCCCCAGAAGUACUCCGUAAUGAGCGAUCAAAUGAGAAAUCAGAUGUUUACAGCUUUGGUGUAAUCUUGUGGGAACUUAUGACCCUGCAACAGCCCUGGAGAAACUUAAAACAAGCACAGAUCAUUGAAGCUGUUGGUUUUAUGGGCCAAAGGCUUGAGAUUCCAAGCAGUGUAAAUCCUUCAGUGGCUGCCUUGAUUGAUGUCUGUUUGGAUAACGAGCCCUCUAAACGUCCCCCAUUCUCCUAUAUCAUGGAAACAUUACAGGAACUGAUAAGUAACUCCAUCUCCCAACCAGUUGCCGCUCAAGUUCGAUGACAAAUCUAUAGGAGGGGAACCCCUGGUAAAAUCUUUAUUCAUAGCAAUGUGCCAUAGAUAUGAUGCUCAUCUGGUGCAUAUUUCAGGUGUGCCUGUCGUUUUAUAGUACUUAAUGAAUCAAAUAAAAUUUUCUUUAAUAUCUUUGUUGGAAUAUUUAUAGCUUAGAUGCAUGGUGUUGUACUAUCAGAUCUUGCAUUCAUUCAAUCCCACAUGAUGUGCUUUUAAUGUGUUAUAAGUCAUCUUAUUCUGUUGGUGGCAGGAUUCUUGCUGCACAUAGUUUUUUCCUUUGCAGAUAGAGGAAUGGUAAAGCUGCUUGCAUGGAUUUCAUUCUUCUCAUUGACAUGAUACUUUCUGGGCUUCCACAAGUUGUUGAUUGUCUUUUCUGUAUCUGCCAUGAUCUAACCCUUGUAGCUACAAUUGUAAAUACACGGGAAGUUGUCAGGGUAUCGAUACCAAGCAAUAUUGGUGGAAAUGCCACCAUGUGUUAGGAACUUUUAUAUGGGAAGAAGUUGAGGGCAGCUGGUUCAUAUUACUAGUUACACUGAUGUGCCCAUCAUUUGCUUAAUUGCUUCACUCUGUUGGCCUCAUAUUAUCAGUCAGGGUGGCUUAUGAAUCAUGAUUGCAAUUUCUCAGCGGGAGAUUUUUGGCUGCUCAGCUGUUUGGUUUGCGAGGUAGAGAGAGGCUUGCUAUUUAUCAUCCCCUUGCAUUUAAUUUUGGGAACCUUCUAAUCAUACAUGUUAAUUCUUCUGAGCAGGUUAAAUCUUUAACAAGCACUAAAGUUGUAGAGCCCAAGAGCCUGGGAGAGCUUUCACUUUGGUACAAAAUACAAUCCAGUUCUUCCGCAUUAAGCACCGUCACAGUUUAGUCCUUUAUAAAGUUC